GCCAGAUAUUUCAUCUUUAUCGCAUUCCACGAGCACUACAUCGCCUAGGGUCGACAUUUUCACCAUCAGCAGUACCAAUUCCGGUUUCCAGUCUACCGUAAGCUGACAGAAAAUAUGGCUAAACGGAGUCGGAAUACGGAAUCUAAUUCAGAGCAUGCUUCUCGACCAAAAAAAAGAUCCAAGGAAGAUGCUAAGCCUAAGCAACCUUCCUACGUCCAAUCUACCGAUCUGGAAGCGCUGCCUCAGUCCGAGAUUGACGACUUCCUCAAGUCCAAUACCAUCCAGAUUUCGGAUCCCUCAGUCAGUGAGAAUGAGACAUUACGUCCUAUCACUGCGUUCUCCUACCUACCUUCGGAUUCCAACCAGCUGUAUGGCCCUCUAGAGAACUUCUCGAAACCGACUCCAAUUCAAUCCGUCACAUGGCCAUUUUUAUUCGCAGGCAGAGAUGUCAUCGGUGUCGCUGAAACAGGAAGUGGGAAAACAUUGGCUUUCGGCGUCCCUUGCAUUCGAAAAGUGUUGGCAAUCAAUGCUUCUCGCUCGUCAUCUCGAAUUUCUGCUGUCAUCAUUACCCCUACAAGAGAGCUGGCUAUGCAAAUUUACGAUCAGCUAGUCAAGUUCACCCCAAAAGGCGUUGGCCUCGCAUGCAUAUACGGAGGCGCUUCGAAGGACGAUCAGCGCCGUGCACUGAAGAAAGCAUCUGUUGUUGUCGCAACACCGGGGAGGUUAAAGGAUUUGCACAGCGACCAGUCCCUAGACUUGCAAAAAGUGAAGUACCUUGUACUAGACGAAGCCGACAGGAUGUUGGAUAAAGGCUUCGAGCAAGACAUCAAAGAUAUCGUGGGCGCCAUGCCUUCGUCAAGAAAACGCCAGACGGUCAUGUUUACCGCAACUUGGCCUAUGUCUGUACGGAAACUUGCGGCUACCUUUAUGAAAGAUCCAGUGACUGUUACGAUUGGAGGCGAUCUCUCUUCCGACAUCCGUGCCAACACGAGGAUCAAGCAGAUUGUGGAAGUCGUGAAACCAGAGGACAAGGAGUAUAGGCUUUUGUCGUUAUUAAACCAAUACCAACGGGGCAAAAAUGCUAUGGAUAAAGUAUUGGUAUUCUGUCUUUACAAGAAGGAGGCAACGCGCAUUGAACGGUUUAUCCGCUCCAAAGGUUUCAAGGUUGCUGGUAUUCACGGUGACAUGAACCAGACGGAACGCUUUAAGAGUCUGGAUGCAUUUAAAUCCGGUUCCGUACCUCUUCUGGUUGCGACGGAUGUUGCUGCCCGUGGGCUAGACAUUCCAGCUGUCAAACUGGUCCUAAAUGUCACAUUUCCCUUAACAGUUGAAGACUACGUCCAUCGAAUCGGAAGAACGGGUCGGGCAGGUUCGGAUGGAUUGGCCAUUACGAUGUUCACCGAGAACGACAAAGGACUCUCUGGCGGACUGGUUAAUAUCCUGAAGGGAGCUAAACAAGAUGUACCCGAAGCGCUCUUGAAAUUCGGCACCACUGUGAAAAAGAAGCAGCACGAUUCUUAUGGCGCCUUUUUCAAGGAGGCUGACACGACGAAAACGGCGACCAAAAUCAAGUUUGACGAUUAGAUGUAUCAUUUGGGUUCUCAUUUAUGCUGCUUUGGAUUUGCGAUACUGUUCAAAGAGAUACCUCCUCUCUAGAAAUAGACUAUUUUUUUUGAUUCGUUGGUUAAAGGAGAAAAAAUAUAUAUAUAUCGGAAAAGCCAAAGUGUUAAUAUGAAACUUACAUUGAAACCGCGAACAUGCCUCCAACAACGAGUAUUCUGAUGAUUUCCCAAAGCUUAGAUUCAGCGCCGG